AUGGUGAAGGCCGUAAUUGGAGACGAAACUCGGCUCAAAUUCGCCGAAAAUCGCUUAGCUUCCUCUGUCCUUCAUUCUCAGGUAGGGCUUGUGCUCGGGAAACUGAAUCCGAAAUUAGAUAGAGGAUUCGUGUAUGAUCUGGUGCCCACACCGCCUAGUGACGGUGGUGAACCGCCGUGUUCGGUAAUCGACGGUCCUGGAGAAAGUAGCAAUAUCAAGAAGAAGAAUACGUCCAAAUCGAAAUCUCGGUUGGAGUCUUCUGCGCUGUGGAUUGAUCAGGAGUGGGUCUCUGAGCAUGCUCGCCAGGUCUCAAGAAUGCUAUUGGGUGGCGUGAAGGUGGUUGGUAUCUACAUAUGGGUCAAUGAAGGCUUGUUCAAGAACUCGACUAUAACACUAUGCCAGACUGUAAAAGGAGUUGCUGAAGCGGCCUCGUUAUUGAUGACCGGUUGCAGUGGCGCAUUGCUUGUUCAUAUCAGUCCUAGCCCUCUAAGGUGGACAUGCAAAAGUUGCUCGCUAGCAGCAAAUAUUACAUCGAGCACCUUACGGCCUUGUGAUUUUAGAACGGGAAAAGUGUUGGGUUCUCUUCAAACAUUUAGAUGCUCAUACAACUUUGAUUUAAGGUUGCCUGUAACCCACGAGGCUGGAGGGGAUAUUAGAAGAUUCUCUGAUGUUCUUCGUGAUGAAAUGAUGGUCCAUGCCAAGGAACUUACAGUAGCAAAAGCUUUGAUCGAUGGAAAAUUGGUGGCUGAGGAUGAUCUCAGUGUACCAGGUGAUUUUCAUGAAGUUGAGUUUCUCCUGCCUUUGUUGCAAGAUAAGUAUAUUGAAGCAUGUAACAAGAAAGAGGUUCUUGGUGUUCUUCACUUUAAAGGCUCUGUAUGUUCUCUUUCAUACUUGAAUUCGAAGGAGUCUGUUUCACAAGCUUUGCUUGAUAUAAAGGAAGAUAUAACUCGGAGUUUGCAAAGUAGACUCGAGAUCAUGUGUGAUGAGGCAGAGAGGUACUUGGAGUCAGUCAAUCAAGAUGGUCUGGAACCAAACAUCCAUCCACCAAUCGACAAACCUGAUCCACGCGUUGAUCUUCUUGUGCAAAGCAAACAGUGCACUUUAUCAUUCCCUCGAAGAGUGUUUGUUCCAUGGCUGGAGGGCACAUAUAUAUGCGAUUAUAUUCUGCCAUCAGAGACAAUGGAGGCUGUCCAAGAUCAUUGUGUUGAGUUGAUGUGCACAGAAUUUCCAGAAGACUCUUCGGAAAUUUUGGAACCUGAAUCGGAAGCAACUAUUGUGACAGUUUCAGCAAACAAGAAAACCUUUUGGGCUAUUGCAACUGACUACUCAUCAACAGCUAUAUCAGAUAAUUCAGUUUCAAAGAGUAAGGAAAUUAGAAGUGAUAGCUCUUGGGAGUCGAUGGAUUUGAAGACAGUGAUAUCUAUUUUGGUUCCGAGCCUUGCUAUCAUAGUAUGGCUAGUCUUUUACAUUCUCGGGAUAGAAUAA